UAUACGCUAUGUUAAAACGUAUAAUGCUUACGAAGAUUAAACGCAAUUCAGUGACUUUUCGAGUAUACUGUAGCGUGGCUAGGUCCAGUGAAAAUUGACUAGGCACAUGAUUUUUCACUUUCGUCUUAUAUAUUAUUUAGUAGUGAAUUCCAAUGAGUAUUACCGCCGUUCUUAUAGACUCCUUUCUUACUUUCCUUUUUUUUCGCAUCUCUCAGAAUGCUGAUCAAGAUCAACGCGAACCACACUAAAUUGCAUUUUAUUUCGUUUUUGUGAAAUCUUAUUUAGAAUUCAACAAGCGUUGCAACAAAUUUUUAACAUUCAUUUUGUCGUAGGCUUAGUUGUAUGCAUGGAACAAUAUAGGUUUUGGACCUUAUGGACCGAUCGAUUUUGUAAAUAUUCAACAAUGCCAACCCAUUCAAGUGGUUUUCAGUAACAGAACUAUGAAGCCAUAUUUUAAGUUUUUUUUAGCGGAGAUCAAUAACCAUUGGGUGAUUCUGUUCAUGAUUGGAUUCGCAUCUACCGUAGCCAGUAUGACUAGUGGUAUUUUGGCUUGCAUAUAUCCAGCUCACAAUAUGUUCGCCGUUUCUGUCGCCCUGUCGUCCGUCACUCAUUUGUUGGGACUGACGAUUGCCGAUACGAGUCAUAUCGUUUUCGAUUCAUUUUCUGUGAUUAUUUUAUGUCAGUUCAUGACCAUUGCCAUGGCACUUCCGGCGUUCCACGGCAUCUGGACAACGUGGCCGCUGCCGCUCGGGAGACGGUCAAUACGUCAUGUUCCAAUAGUUCUGUACUAUGCGCUAUAUCAAAACAGUUAUAGUUAUUUUUUCGACUUGGAAACCGUGAACGACCUGAAAUAUCUGAGUUACGCGAUAGGAGCAAUCGGGUUGUUGUGGUCGGGUAUUCUAUGGGUGUACGUGGUUCGCAAAACAAAUACAAGAGCACACCAUUUGUCGGCAACACAAAAGCUCUUGAACAUCCCUUGGAAGUCGAUAUGCUCCUCGAAGCCUGUCCAUGCCAUUGUAGUGGCAAACAUCUGCGAAGCUUUGGGUUAUUCGUUUGAUUAUAUGUUUUUAAUUUCGACUCAAAUCCAACAGAAAGGACGGAGCGUCAAUGUUCUAAUUAGCGUUUCGAUACUGUUCGUCGUUUUCCUUGUCGAACUCUUUCCGGAAAUCAAUUGCUUUUCCACCGCGUGCGUCAGAAAAUUUUGGAGCUGUCUGUUUUUCAGUUCACGUGCUGCUUUCCAUCUUUUGUAUCUCUCGUUCCCUUAUGACGUAGAGAAGCAUUUCAACUGGUUUGUGGACGUAUACAACGCAAUCGGAGUUCUCUACUGUUUCGGAUUCGUUGUUAACCAUUUGGAUAUUUCACCGAGGUAUGCCAGCUUGCUGAUCGGAUUUAUGGAAACCGUCAAGCAUAUUUGCCACCUUUUUUUCGCCACAUUCUUUCACGUGAACCUUUACGAACAGAUACUGCAUGCAUAUGAAAUCAGUGCCCUCGUGUCCAUCGCGUACAUCGCAGCAGCGAUAUUUUAUGCCGUUUACGCUUCGGGCGUGUCACAAUCAUGGGCCACAACUAAUAACGGAAUGUCGUCAUCCAGACACCGGUGGAACAAUCUUUUUGUAUAAUAGUAAAAAAUUAACUUCAAAUGUAUCUUGUAUAAUGUUACAUAAUAAUGUUAUAAUAUUGUUGUGGUCAUACGUUUUCUCAUGUACAGGAUUCUUCUGUUGCCUCCUCUUUUACGUUUUCAUUUCGAUUUCAUUUGUUACUCGUAUUGUCAAAAAAAUUUACUUAUUGUGCAAAUGUAUGCAUAGAUUUUAAUUAUUUUUAUAAAUAAACUAAAAAUAUAUACAUAUAUAACUCGGAACGGUAAGUAAUUCACCGAAUGUACACCAAUAGUAAUAAAUUAUAUAA